AUGUCAUACCAACCCAAUAGUUAUAAAUUUUAUGUAGAAUACCAAGAAUUCGCGACAACUGGAACUACCAAAGAGUUGUACUGUAAUGGUCGUCUUUGUGCCAAAUGUGGAAAAUGUCGUGAUUGGUACUAUACAGAUACAGCAAGUUGGAAAUGGGUACAAAACUGUAUAAGUUGGGAUAUGGACGAUUGGGUACGCUUUGAUAAAGACGAGUAUUACAAAUAUUUCAUACGUCGUGAGGGUGCAACGUGUUCUCGUCUUCGUUAUCUUCGUGUUUACCAUUAUAGUCCUUAUAGUGGGUUUUUUCGUCAUUGUUUAUGUGAUGAUAACUGUCAACGUAGUUUUUAA